CGGCGGCAGGUCUGGGGGACACGGGUGGCAUCAUGCGCCUGCUCUGCGCCCUGCUCAUCCUCCUGCCCGAGGCGGCGGCGUCGCGGACGCGCCGGGAGCUCGCGCCGGGCUUGUACGAGCACGGGGUGUACGACGCGGGCGGCUCGUACUGCGAGCGCGGCGACGUGUGCUGCCGCGGGCGCGACGACGGCUGCACCGUGCCCUACCUCGACACCAUCUGCUACUGCGACCUCUUCUGCAACCGCACCGUCUCCGACUGCUGCCCUGACUUCUGGGAAUACUGCCUGGGCAUCCCGCCGCCCUUCCCCAAGACGCACGGUUGCACCCGCGCCGGCCGCAACUACCCGAGCGGGGCCACGUACCGCGAGAACUGCAACCUGUGCACCUGCAGCCAGGGCGGGCGCUGGGACUGCGAGGACCAUGCCUGUCUCAUGGACCCGGAGCUCAUCACCGCCAUCAACAGCGGCAAUUUCGGGCCCGGCAGUAUCCACGAGCCCCUGGACCAGGGCAACUGUGCCGGCUCCUGGGCCUUCUCUACCGCAGCCGUCGCCUCCGACCGCAUCUCCAUUCACUCCAUGGGGCACAUGACGCCCGCGCUGUCGCCCCAGAACCUGCUCUCCUGUGACACCCGCAACCAGCGCGGCUGCGGCGGCGGGGGGACCCCCAGCCGCUCGCCGGCCCGCGGCAAGCGGCAGGCGACCGCGCACUGCCCCAACCCGCGCGCCCGCGCCAACGACAUCUACCAGGCCACCCCCGCCUACCGCCUCGCGGCCGACGAGAAGGAGAUCAUGAAGGAGCUCAUGGAGAACGGGCCAGUACAAG